AUGGAGAUGCCUGUGACAGGUCAAAGCAUCCUCGUGUUUGUCUGCAUGCGCUGCAGUCUCCGGCGUCGCCAGAGUGCGCCAAGCCCGGAGAGCGCGUACAACACAGCGGCACUCGUCUCCACCGCGUCGUCCAAGGCGCUGCUGCCGCGCGCGAGCAUUGAUACCAUCCACGAAACCACCGAUUAUGACUCGAACCGGGACGGAAGCUUGUUUGCCUUUCAGCUAGCGAUUGCGACACCCGGAAACGAACAGCCUGCUGCGGACCGCCCCACGUGGGCGCUUCAGCCGGGCGAGUUGGCGCCCUUCCUCGUGCCAAUCCUCGGCCGCUUCCGCUGCGACCACUGCCGCCAUGUGCUCAUGUUUCGCCACCGCGUCAACUGCCGCGCCUGCGGAGACGUCGUCUGUCGGCGCUGUGUCCUUCCAACGAUUGUGCAAGAGCACGGACAAAACGACCGGUCGGAAAUCGCUGUUUGCGUCACAUGCGAUGAGAUCCACAAAGCGCUCGGGUCGUACAAGGAAUGCCGUUCUCUCAAGCGGGCGCUCGGUCCCAGCGCAUACCCGCCGGGCGUGCACGUCGGUACGAUCGACGUGGGCGACACGUCGCGGAUAGCCUUUGCUCGCAAAGCCGCGCAUUUCAAAGCCCUCGAAGAAGCCAAGCUCGUGCCCGAAGACGUCAUGAGUCGGCGCGACGCCGCGUGGUCGCCGUUGCCAAAGCAAGCCACGUGCCCACGCUGCGAUCGGCUCGUGUCCUGGCGCAGUGCGGGCUGCUGCUGCAUGUGCGGACGCACCUUUUGCAACACGUGUGUAUGGCGCCGCUUUGCGCGGUCGCCCGGUCGGUACGAACUCGACCAAGUGCUCGUGUGCUCCAAUUGCCUCCUCAACUUUGAACGGGAAACCGCCUCCGUCGCGCAACCGACCACAGAGAGCGGCGAUAUGGACGAGGCGCGGCUCGAGGCGCUCCUCGUCCAGACCAUUCAGCGCAACCUAAAGCUCUCCCACUCGAUCCGGUGGGCGCCCAUCAACGCGGCGGUGCGCUGCGGUGUCUGCGCUCGGGCCUUUGCUGCGUUCCGCACCAAAGUGCACUGCCACGCGUGCGGCACCGUUGUCUGCAAUGGGUGCGCGGUCCAAAUGCCCGUCCAGCAGCAGCGGCGAGACGCUAUGGUCUGCACCCGCUGCACGCGCGAACGACCGGUUACCGCUACGUUUGAUGGCAUCCUCUUUGACCCCGCCGACCUCGCGCCGUCGGUCAAGACCCCAGCGAAAGAUGCGGCAAAACCACCCGAGCCGGAUUUGAGUGCCUUUCAGCUGCACGUGCUCCCAACAAUCGAGACAACGCUCGACAUGGACGACGACGACGAGGAGUUGGCUGUCUUUGGCAGCAGUCGUGGCGUGAUUCCAGCAGCCGAGCUCGUGCCACCCGAUCAGUUUGUGCCGUCCUUGAGCCGCAUGCGAUGCCACCGCUGCCGCCGUCUCCUUUUGCUGCAUGUGCGGCACCACUGCAGUGCGUGCGCCGAGGUGUAUUGCCGGAGCUGCGUCAACGCGUUUGUGACUGAGUUGCACUACCGCCUCUCGAGCAUCGACAUUUGUCGGACAUGCAGCCUCAUUCAAGCCAUGUUUGGGUCGUUCAAGGAAUGCCGGUGGGUGCACAAGUCGCUGCCGUCGACGGCGUUUCCCCCCGGCGUCCAAGUCAAAGUGCGGUGUCCGUUGUACGUGAACCGCACCGAGUUUGCGCGCCAAAUCGCACAACUCAAGUUUCUCGAAGAAGUCGACUUGGUGCCAUGGAACCACCUUCCGCAGCGCGGUCUCUGGAGCAUCGAGCCGCCGAGCUGCGACGAGUGCGGCCUCCAGCUACGACGCAACACGCGCGCGCGGUGUGGCAUGUGCGACCUUGUGUACUGUCUUGGCUGCACGACGCUCAAGUUCACGCGACCACCACACAAGCUCGAGCUGGAAGAUAUCCACGUCUGCCGGACAUGCAUCGCCACAUUUGAGCGCUGGAACCAAACACGCAGCAAGCAGCUCUGGAAGACGUGCGCGACAGUGUAUGCGAAAGCGUCGGGUACUCACGUCGACCCGGACUCGGCGCCGCCUCCGACGAGCCCCGCAGGUUGGCUCCGUAGCCGUCCGAGUGCCGACGCAGUCCAAAAGACAAGCCGGUCUAGCGGUAGCAACAAAGAGACCCGACUGAGCCUUGACACGACGCGGCGUCUCAGUGGCGACGACGACGGUGGUGACCGGUGGCUCAGCUGCGGCGGACGAGACAGCAUCGAUAGUGCCCGACGCCUCAGUUGCGACGCCCGAAGCAGCAUUGGUGGGCGGGAGAGUAUGCUCGACUGCGGGCGGCCAAGCGACGAUGGCCGACCGCGCCGAUCCAGCUGCGAUGCAAGAAACGCAGCGCGGGCCCCGGAGGCUGGCCGACCGCGCAUGAGCUCUGCGCCCGUGCGCCCGCGCUUCAGCACGCCCGAAAUCCCACUACCAAGACCACCAGCAACGACAAUGUCGGCAGACGACGAGGCGCUCUUGCGGUCGAUUGAACGCAACCUGCGCCUCUCGGAAGCCAUUGCGCGGACGAUUGAAAGCGCCGAAGCGGGUGUCGAACCGGCGCCACACGAGCAAGGACGGCCGCGCCGCCACUCAACCGCGGGCUGA